ACCCUUUAACUUUCGCUUUCUUUGGUAAAGGUGAAUUGGAACAAUAUGAAACGCGUCUAAUCUGAAGCAUAAAGGAAUAAAGGCACAUAAAGCAAUCAUGGACAAUCAGGUCAACGGACCGAAACGUCGGAACCAGAUCAAUAUUUUAAUAAUAAAUGCAUACAUCAUUUACGCUUUAUUUUUUUUGGUUGACUGUCUACUCCCUGGAUUAUCCUUCCCCUUACGUGAACUGUAUAAAAUUCUGAGUUCCUGCUGUCCAGGAUUGGUCCCUGUCUUGCCUUGGUCGAAGUAUCAUUUCUCCGUUAAGCCAUUGGGUGUCACUGGUCAUCCUGUUUCCUGUUAUAUCCCAGUGCACAUGCUGGCUGCUGGAGAAACAUAUCAGGCUGAUAACACCUUCCUGCAAAAGCUGAAGCUGAAGCAGCAGAUAGAGCUCUGCAGUGCAGAGAGUUGCAGCGUCAUCCUGCUCUUCUGUCCUGUUGUUUCUCGGAUUGGGACAGACAUGGAGGCAGCAAUGGCCAGAGUUACAGAAGAGAAACCUGUCAUCCUGGUGUUCAUGCACCACUGUCACGACCCCAGUCAAAUGACCAACAUCGAAGUGCAACCGUCCAGGAGCAACAUAGUUAAAGCCGUCCACUGCGCCUUCCAUGAAUCACAGGGGCUGCUAGAAUGCACAGAAAACGAGGAGGCUGUUGCCGAGGUGCAUUUCAUGUUGCUGGGGUACAAGCAAAGAAACAGACUUUCUAAAGGGGACACGGUCAUUUAAAACUGCACUAUAGCUGCAUCCAUUCUCCUACAUUUUAAUCAGUUCUGCAAUCUUAGUUUGAUCAUGUUUUUAAAACAUACUUUUAAGUGUAUUCAUGUUGUGGCAUGUAAGCUUGCUCAUUGUAAGUAAUCCACUCUGUCUGUUUAGUUUUUAGUGGUAUCAAAUGAAAGCCCCGUUCUCUCCCUGAAUUCUGCCAUUAUUAUAAUUUGCUAACAGUGUCCGUCUACAAAUCAUUAACCAAGAAUAUUGUGGCAUCUUGAGUAAUUUUCCUUACACUCACCCAGCUAAACUUCUUGGUUGCUGAUAAAUAAUUGUUGGCAGUAGACAUGGCAAAGAGAUGCAAACACUAACCUUGAGGACCAGAGUGUUGCAGGUUUGGGUCCCAGUGGAGAUCAGUAUAGCAUCACUGUUAACUAUGUUAUGAUAUAUGAAAGGGGAGCCUGCUGAAGUCACCUAAAGUGUCUGUAAGCAAGGUAAUGAUGUCAUUAUGGUGCUGAAGAGAUUAACUCAUGUAUAACAUUUGGGAAACACCAAGCAUGUAAUGAACUGCUUGCACACCUGGAAGCACAAACUGAUGAAGGCCGUGUGCCAGAAUGUUUGUGCUAUACCUUUGUUGGACCUAUAAUAUAAACACUGUCAGUCAUCUUACCAUCAGGGGUGGUAUGAUUCACCAAUUCCCGUCGGUGCACUGGCGUAGAAGUUCACAAUGAGAUUGCCCAGAUUUAGAAAGUGUGCACCAGAUGCGAUUUGGCAUGAACUUGGGAUGCAUCGUUUGUCACAUCUUUGCAUUGGUAAAAUCUGAUUUAUCCAUAUAUAAUAAUUAGUAGAAGCUUUGUGCCUUUAUCAUUUACAAAUGUAUCAUACUGUACCAUAUUAAAUUGGAUAGCAUCAUAUUCUUUUGCAUCACUUUGUAUUGCAUUGAAUCUCAUUGAAUCUCAUUGUAUUUAAUCAAAUUGUGUCUAAUCUCACUGCAUCUCAAUAGGGGUGAAUCAAAUUGUAUCACAUUAGUAGUUGCUUCAUAUGUAUCUUUAAUGUAACCGAUCAUUGGUAAUGCAUCAAGCUGCGUAUCGUAUCUGCCUCAGUGAUGAAGAUGCACAUCCCUAUUAUAUACAGCCUUCGUAUAUAAUUGUGGUGUUGUCGUUCAUAUGUCACUGUAAGGAAGUUAAAUAAGCCUACCUGUAGUGCGUUUGAUCAAACAGGAAAAGUUAAUAAAGGUAUUUAUGAAUUCACACUUUGUACUUUUUUUGACCAAUACUUUUCACAUUUAGGCCUAGACUGAUUCCCCCUCUCUACACUGUUCUGUAUAUGUAGCAUAUUGAAUUGCAUAGCAUCAUAUUGUUCUGCAUUGCAUCGUAUCACAUUGAAUCUCAUUGUUCAAAAUCAAAUUGUGUUGAAUCGCACUGCAUUGUAAUAGGGGUGAAUCAAAUCAUAUCGCAGUACAACUUGCUUCAUAUAUACAUUUAAUGUAUCGGAUUAUUGACAGUGCAUCGAGAUGUGUGUCGCAUCAACCUCAAUAAUGAAGAUGCACAUCCCUAAUAUAUACUCACCCUGUUAAUAAUUGUUUAACAAGUGUUAUAGUUAAUAUAUCGCUGCCAGGAGAUUAAAUAUGCUUAAUUGUGUUGUGCUUGAUCAAACAGGAAAAGUUAUUAAAGUUAUAUAAAUAUU